AUGUUCAAGUAUUUUAACAAGGAGAAGGAAAAGAAAAAAUCUUUGAUUAUACAAAAUGUAAUGUCAGUUGAAGAAUUUUUCAAUCGAGGGGAAUAUGAAAUUUCAAGUGAUAUUUGGAAAAUGAACACUACUCAAUUAGAAGAAACAAUAAAUAAGUAAGAGAAAUUCAUAAAGCAUCUAUAAACAUUAUAUUAAUAAGUAUAACUCAUACGUUAUCUUAGUAAUUAGAGUUUAUAGAAAAUGAUAAAACAAAAUAAGAGGAUAAUCUUAGGAAAUUAAAAAAUCAUAUGGAAGAACUUGAAAUAAAAAAUGGUAUAUAGUAUUAACUAAUUAGAAAGUAAUGUUUAAUAGAAAGAAUUGAUAGAGGAAAAAUAUAAAGAAAUUUAUUUGAAAUUUUAACCAAAGGAAAAUAAGAAUUUCUCAACAUAAACAGAAGGAAAUGAUUAACUUGAAGAAGAAGUUAACAGACUUAGAAAUUAAUGUGAAAAAAUGUGUGAAGAAAUUUAAAGAUUUUAGGAGGAGAAUGAUGAUCUAUCAGUGGCAUUGGAAGCUGAAAAGAAACAUAAAAGUUCACUUUAAAAUUAAAAUAAUUAAAAAAUAUAAUAGUUGGAAUUGAAUAUAUAAUAAUUACAACAAGAACACAAUAAAGAACUUGAAAUAUUGUAAAUUACGUUAGCUAAUAAUUUUUCGGUUGAUGUCAAUUCCAAAACUAAAGAAUUAGAGAGUAAAGUAUUGUAAGAGAAAAUUAAAUGUGAUUAAAAAUAAAAAGAUUGUUAAAGAUUAGAAGAGGAGAUUAAAGAAUUAAAAUUACAUUUAGAACAAUAAACAACAAAAUAUGAAUAAAGAGAAGGUAAAUUAAAAUUAUUAGAAUAGAAGAGAACAAGAGAUAAAAAUACAAUUUAGAAAUUAUAAUGUGAUUUUUAAUAAAGUAAAUAACAUUUAUCAGAAUAAAAUAUUAAAUUAAUAAAUGAAAUUAGUAAAGCUAAUAAUGAAAUUUAUGAAUUAAAAUAAAAAUUAGAAAAAUAAUAGAUUUAAUAAAAAGAAGUUGUUGAUUAAUUCGAGAUUUAAGAAAAAUAGCUUAAAAUUUAGUAAUUAGAAUUAAUUAUUUAUGAAUAACAAAAUACAAUAAACAUGUUGGAAAAGUAUGUAUAUUUUAUAUAUAUAGAAAAAUUGAUUAAGUAGAAUCUUAAUCAAUUAUUAAGAUAUCAGAAUUGGAGAAAAUUAUAGAAUAAUUGAAUAUAAAAAGAGAAUAUGCUAAAAAAGAAAUUACAGAAUUAUCUCAAAAAUUAUAGAAUGUGCAUUAAGAUUUAAAUACAAGUUCAUCUAGUAGACAUCAAGCUAAAUCAUCAAAUAUUGGACAUAAUAAAUAAAAGUUUUUAUUAUUUCCAACACUUAAAUAAAUGUUAAAUGAUGUUAGAAAAAAAGAAGAUAAUAGCUAUAAAUUAUAUAUGUAAGCUAUUAUGACAGAAUUCAAAAACCAAAAAGAAAUAAUUGCCUUGGAAAGUGCUUUAAAUGAUGUUUCAAGAAUGACUUAAGAUAUUAUAGAUCUUUUAGAAGAAAUGGGAUUAAUUUGA